AUGCAACUACCUCAGCCUCUUAGUAUUACCGAAUCCAUGUAUAUCACAGAUACACAUACUUCCUCAAGACAUAAUCAUAGCACUGUAAAUUGUGUGGCAAAUUGUGACAAUUUACGGCCCUGGAUCUCCUUACCAUGCGGUGGAUCCAUUCUAUCCCAGAAUUUAUCAGUAUGUAUUUCUGGUAAUAAAUUAAAAGCAACCACUCAUACCUUUGAUUCAUUUUUCACUUUCCGACGUAUAGCAAGGAAUGUUGCACAGAAAGCCAAUGCUGCUCCACUACCAAUUGACAAUUUUUCCCAGAGGGGAAGAGAUUUAUAA